AUGUCUUUGACCAGCAGUCCACUGCCAGUAACGGCGACGGCAAGUAUAGUUGCUUCGGCCUGGGCGGCUGGCGCCGGUGCCGGUAUUUCCCUCUUUACCAUCACACCGUUGCUGUCUUCGUCGGCAUCAGUUGGGAUCAUGCUGCAAGUGUGGCAACUUGCCUUCAACCGGGGGAAGUCAUACAUGCCCCCAGCAGCGGCCGCCAUCACAGCCUCGUACCUGUACGUGUCGUGGACGCACGCGGCACGGGGACUCGAGUGGCGCGGGUUCGCUGUGGCGGCCGCACUGACGCUCGGCAUCGUGCCUUUUACGUUCCUGUUCAUUCGCGACACCAUUGUCGAGCUUGAAGGCAUGGGGCACAAAGAAGGUUACGGUGUCGCCGAGGCCGUGGUGCGCGCCACGCUGAGCAGAUGGGGUGCGUUAAAUCUGGCUAGGUCAUGUCUGCCGCUUCUUGGUACUGCGGCGGCCAUUUGGAAUUUAUUGAAGUGA